AUGAAUGUGCCCCUCAUCUGCGACUACGGCUCGGGCUUCAGCAAGGUGGGCUUCGCAGGGACAGAGGCGCCCCUGGCCGUGUUUCCAACCAUCCUCGGGAAACUGCGCCAUGAGAAGCUGCUGGUGGGAAUGCAAGAGGAAGACUGGUUCAUUGGAAACGAGGUUCCGAAAAACCGAGGGAAACUCAACCUCUUAUACCCCAUCUCUCGGGGUGCCAUCACCAACUGGGACGACAUACAGAAGAUCUGGCACUACUCCUUCUACCAGAUGCUCCACGUCGCCCCAGAGCAGCACCCUCUGCUGAUGGCAGAGCCGCCCUUGAACUCCAUGUCCAGCAAAGAGAGACUGUCACAGAUCCUGUUUGAGACCUUCAGUGUACCUGCCUUAUAUUUAGCCAACCAAGGAGUCCUUUCUCUCUAUGCUUCCGGCCACACCGCUGGGAUGACGAUUGAGUCUGGAGAAGGAAUGACGUACUUCGUGCCCAUCAUUGACGGCUGUCCUUUGCAUCAGUCAACCUUCCACAUGGACAUUGCGGGCCAAGACCUAACCUUGUACUUCCUACGUCUGCUGUCAGAAAGUGGGCACUCGCUGGUGAGCACAGCUGAUCGGGAGUGUGUGCGGGACCUGAAAGAGAAAAAUUGUUUUGUGGCUUUGGACUUUGAAAAAGAGAAGGCAGAAGCCAACUCUCCCUCCUACCCACAAAAGUGUCAGCUGCCUGACGGCCAGGAGAUAGACCUUGGGAGGGAGAGAUUUUUCUGCCCUGAAGUGCUUUUCCAGCCAGACCUCAUAGAGCGGAACGACCUGGGCAUCCACAUAAAGGCAUUCGAAUGCAUCAGCUCCUGCAACCCUGCCCUCUGGAAGAUCCUUUUUGGCCACAUCAUCCUGUCGGGAGGUAUGGGCACCUGUUCUGGCCUGAGAUCCCGGCUGCAGAAAGAAGCAUCCGCCCUGGUCUCCCCGAAGAUUAGUGUGAAGGUGUCCACCUGUCCGUAUUCCGUGUAUGGUGCGUGGGUAGGUGGCUCCAUCCUGUGCUCACUCUCCACCUUCAAGGACAUGUGGGUCACCAGAGAGGAAUACAGGGAGAUGGGCUCCUCGGUCGUUGGGAGGAGAACCCUCUGA